AUGGCACAAAAUCGAAAAGGAGCUUCGUUAAAGAGAGUUGGCUCCGUAAAAAAGAAUAAGCGUGCGUUUAGCAGAAGCAACUCCAGUUUAGCGGAAGAAAUGUCUACCGAUAGGAAUGCGUUAUAUACAAGAACUAACAAGAUAAGCUAUAAGGUAAGGAAGCUGGAGAUGCGAAGUAGAGUCAUCUCUAGGGAUGGUAACGGUAGGUCGUGGUCGGUCAACGGUCGGUCAACAGUCGGUCAAAGACCCUUGACCGACCGACCGGUUAAUAGUAAUAUAAUUUAG